GCGGCGCAGGCGCCGGAAGCGGGAGGCGCCGAGGGGACGUCGUCGCCGCGCCGGGUCUUGAGUCGCUGCGGAGCCGCCCCGCGCCAUGGCCGAGAGCGACUGGGACACCGUGACGGUGCUGCGCAAGAAGGGCCCCACGGCCGCGCAGGCCAAGUCCAAGCAGGCCAUUCUAGCCGCUCAGAGACGAGGGGACGAUGUGGAGACAUCUAAGAAAUGGGCCGCCGGCCAGAACAAGCAACACUCAAUCACCAAGAACACAGCCAAGCUGGACCGCGAGACAGAAGAGCUGCAUCAUGACCGUGUGACCUUGGAGGUGGGCAAGGUCAUCCAACAGGGCCGGCAGAGCAAGGGCCUCACGCAGAAGGACCUGGCCACGAAAAUCAACGAGAAGCCGCAGGUCAUCGCGGACUACGAGAGCGGACGGGCGAUUCCCAACAACCAGGUUCUGGGCAAGAUUGAGCGUGCCAUCGGCCUCAAGCUCCGGGGGAAGGACAUUGGGAAGCCGAUCGAGAAGGGUCCGAGGGCAAAGUGAGCCCAAAGCCUCGAAAUCCCGGCCCUCGUGGGCCCUCGCGGGCCCUCGGUCAUGCAGGGCCCUG